AUGCAUCAAGCUAGUUUAAGUCCAGACGAUAUGUCAUCAGGUCAUUCGCUUAAAACUCGUGCUGAACAAGAACGUAUAUCAUCAUUUCUUCAUGAAAAUACUCGAAGAUCAAGUUCAGAAGAAAAAAAAUCUCAUCGUAAUCAAAGUGGAAAUGCUCGACAUCGUCAUCAUCGACAUCCACUUGAUCCAAUUGAAUCUGGUUCAGAUUCUGAGCAUCGUAGUCGUUAUCGAUCAAAUAAUAAAUCAAAAACAAAACAUCGUCGAUCAUAUUCACGUUCAUCAUCAAGUGAAAGUGAACGACGACGAAAACGUAAACAAUCUGAUAAAAAUAAUGAUACCAAUCAUCGUCGUCGUCGACGACAUUCAUCAGCUAGUUCAAGUCGUAGUUCAACAACUCGUAGUAAGAGUCGAGAUCGAAAACGACGAAUAUCGGUUGAAAAACAUGAACCGAAACCAACUAGUACAAUUAUUAUGCAUAACAUUCCAUUGACUUUCGAUGAACAUGAGCUUUUAUCUGAAUUAUCGAUUGCUAAAGUACAACUACAAGAAAUUCGUAUAAUUCAUCGUAGAGAUCCUGCAACAAAUCUUCAAACGGCUUACGUCGAAUUCAAUACGGUUCAAGAAGCUGAACAAUGGAUGAAUUUAACGCAGGUUCAAACAAAAACCUAA